AUGGCCGAAGAAUUGGGCGAAAAACGCCCUCAUCGCAUAACAGAAAGCGACGCGACCAUUAUCACUGCCGAAGCGGACGCGCCCAUUGUCCCGCUAACCGAAGCCUCAGACAAGGACGAUGGUGGCUUCCAGAUCGACCUCGAGUCCAAGGACGUAGAGAGUGCCAAGACGCGUCUGUACACAAUCACCAACGAAAAAGGCGAGGAAGAAAAUAUCCCCGAGGACGACCCGCGCAUCAGCAGCAUCCCGAGCUAUGUGCGCCGCGUGGUCAACUUGACGGAUGACCCGGCUGAGCCGACCAUGACGUUUCGCUACUUUCUGUUGACGAUCCUCUUCGUCGCGCCAGGCGCUUUCCUGUCUCAAAUGUCGCAUUUCAGAACCACGUCGGCACCGUAUAGUGUCUUUUUUGUCCAGAUUGCGUCCAACUAUGUCGGGAAAUGGCUGGCGCAUGUGCUUCCGGCGUGGGAAAUCAAGAUUCCUUUUACCAAAAAGAGCUUCAACCUCAACCCUGGCCCGUUUAGUACCAAGGAGCAUGUUCUUGUAACCAUCUCGGCUGCCAGUGGUGCGACUUACAAUCUUGGAUAUACCCCGAUAUCAAUGUCGGAGCUGUACUUCAACGAGCCUGUGAAUGGGGCCGUCGCUACCUUUUUUAUGUUGGCGAUUACCUGGACGGGCUAUUCGUACGCAGCCCUGGCCCGGCAAUUCUUAAUCUAUGACCCUCAGUAUCCUUGGUUCCAAGCGCUGUGCCAAACAGCUCUCUUCGAGACGCAGCGGAAACAGAGAGAGCACCCGACGCCCCUCUCCCGCAAACAAAUGAAGGUCUUUUUCGGCGUCCUCGUUGGCAUCAUUCUCUGGCAAUUUCUGCCCGAAUUCGUCUUUCCUUUUUUGGGCUCGCUCGCCUUUCUCUGCUGGGUCGCGCCGCACAACGCGACGGCCAACUUUAUCGGCAGCGGUUUCGGUGGCAUGGGCUUCCUCAACCUGUCGCUAGACUGGUCGAGUAUCUCGGCGGGUACGAGUCUGUUUUUAACCCCGUUCUGGACGCAGGUCAUCAUGUUUGCUGCUUUUGCGGUGAGCUGUUGGGUCAUCAUCCCAGCCGCCAAGUUUGGCAAUAUUGCGACGUGGAACCACGAGCUCAUGUCCAACCGCGUUUUCCAAAAAAACGGGACCCGAUAUCCUCUCGCCCAACUACUGACUCCCGAAAUCACCCUGAAUAGGACAGCCUACGAAGAAUAUGGUCAGCUGUACUCUGGACCACAGUACCUUUGGAACAUGUUUUUCGACUACGCCGCGUACACUUCUGCCAUUGUCUGGAUUAUUCUCUUUGGCCGUGACCAGAUCAAGAGCAGCUGGGACAAGUUCAAGGAGCGGCGCGGCAGCAAAUCGGCUGGCAAGAUUACGGAGCAGUACAAUGACCAGAUCAACAUUCUACAGCGUCGCUACGACGAGAUUCCACUGUCUUGGUUUCUUGCUUUAUUUCUGGCGUCGUUUGUCAUCAUGAUUGCCAUUCUGGCCAAGGGGCUCUUGUUUGUGCCAACGUGGACGUACAUUGUGGGCAUUUUGACCGGUGCCGUCAUUGUCAUACCGUUGGCGUGGCUGUAUGCGCUCUCCAACUUUCAGCUGCCGAUUGGGACAGCCAACGAACUGUUUUACGGUCUGAUGAUUUCGAGCGUAUCCGGUCAUAAGAAUCCUUGCGGGGCUAGCACGUAUGGUGCUAUUGCCGGUGAUGCAUGGUAUCGGGCGCAACUUAAUUUGCAAGAUAUGAAAAUAGGCAACCCCAAAGCGGUAUUUCUGAGCCAAAUCAUUGGCACCCUGAUAGGAAUCCCUAUCAACUAUGCCACCAUUCGCUGGGUUCUCGACACAAAGCGAGAAUACAUCUCCGGUGCCAAGGAAGAUCCCACCCGACAGUGGACCGGCCAAGCCCUCGCGGGCUACCUUUCCAGCGGCGUGCAGUACGUCCUCAUCGGCCCCAAGGAGCUCUUCAAGCAGGAAAUCUACAAGCCCGUGCCCUACGGCUUUCUCGUCGGCGCCAUUGCGCCCAUCAUCAUCUACUCGCUCCACAAGUUGUUCCCGCGGGCCAAGUUCCACCUCUGGAACACGACCAUUUUCUUCUCCGGCAUGUCGUCCUUUUACGGCAACAUCAGCACUGGGUACACGUCGAGCUUUAUCGGCGGCAUCGUCGUCAUGUACUGGGCCUUUCGGUACCGGUACGACCUUUGGGCGCGCUGGAACUAUAUUCUGGCGGCCGCGUUUGACGCGGGCUUCAACUUUAACAUGCUGCUUGUGUUUUUGUGCUUUGGCGCGGGCAAGAUUGUGGCCAUGCCACACUGGUGGGGAAAUAACAAGGAGAGCAGCGAACGAUGCUUUGCUCUUGAUAGCUAG